AUGAUAAGGCCAGAUAUUAGUAAUGUCAAGUUGAUAACAGCGUGUUUGACACGCAUAUUGGGUAAUACUUUCGUUGUCAGGUAAUACUUUAGGUAAUAUUUUAGGUAUUAAAUGGCUGAGGCUUAUAAUUGAUAACUAAUUAGUAUUAUAGGUAAUAAGUUGUUUAAUAUUUUAGGUAACAACAAUUAUUUUUAGGUUACAACUCUUCUAAUAUUUUAGGUAACAAAUUUCAAUACCUUUAGGCAAUACCGCUUCUAAUAUGUCAGACCCAAACCAAUAUAAUAUUUUAGUUAAUAACCCGUUUAAUCUGAAUGUAUUCUAGGUGAAAUACCAACCAGCCGCUUUAUUGAAACAAUUUUUGAAAGCCUUCAGUCAUAGCAGGUAAUCCAAUCGUUGUCACAACCUCAGUAAUCUCUUUCGUAUUUUGUAGUUGAGCAGGAACUUUUUAACUGUAGUUACUUACAGAUUUGAAGUGAUUUGGCAAGUGAAUGGAGAGUUUGGCUACGAAGCAGACCUUCCGGCUAAUGUUCAUCUUGUUAAAUGGGUACCUUUGGAUGAUUUGUUUGGUAUGUUAUUCAAAUUACUCUGCUUUUUCUAUCCCUGGCCCAGAGCCCUAGCCCAGAGCCCUAGCCCAGAGCUCUAAACCAGAGCCCUAGCCCAGAGCCCUAGCCCAGAGCCCAAGCCCAGAGCCCUAGCCCAGAGCCCUAGCCCAGAGCUCUAGUCCAGAGCCCUAGUCCAGAGCCCUAGCCUGGGACACCAACCCAAAGCUAGUUUUAAAUAAUUCUUCCCUAGCAGUAGCCCUUGAACUGUCCAAGAUCUAUACCUACAACUUAGAAACGUCGCUUACUUUCUACACUACCGUUUAAAAUCACCAAAGCUCUAUCUUUUCAGUCAGAGAAACAGACAAAAAUCCGUUUCUUUCUCAAUAACAUAGAAACCCAAUCAAAAACCAAGCGCUCGCUUUCCUAAAUAAAUAUACUGAAGGCAGAAAUUCUUCACCCCCCCCCUCUAACUUGGCUGUGAGUGAACCGAUUGAGACCAAACUUGGUAUAAAUACUCAUAAAGUAUUGGGGACUGUUUUGAUAUAGCGAAGUUUCAAUUGGCUUGUGGCAUUUCGUUUUAUGUUAGAGGGGGGGGUGAAGAAUUUCUGCCUUCAGUAUAGUACAUAGUACUAAUUUGUACACCUGCUUAUCCUGCAAAUUUCAGUACAUUCCAACAUUCAAUACGCUAUAAUUCAUGGCGGCAUAAACACAGUAAAUGAAGCUGUACAUUCCGCUUUACCAUUAAUUGGAAUUCCGCUACAAGGAGAUCAGAAUAGUAAUCUUAAAGUACUUGAAACGUACAAAACGGCCAAAAUUGUACGCAUGGUUGAUGUUUGGGAAGGAAGACUUCUUCAUACUAUUAUGGAUAUUGAAAGUAAUUUAGAAAGCUUUAAAGAAAACGCUGUUAAAUUGCGAGAAAUGGUUCAAAAUUACCGCGAAAACAUUGGAAACAAGCCUGAUUUCUGGAUAAAAUGGAGUGAAAAACAUGGAAAAACGUUAAACUUUAGGAGAAAUUACAUUGGAAACAAAUAUAUAACAUAUUUACAAUAUUACGCUUUGUCGGAUUUACUGGUUUAUAUAUCUUGUCUUUCAUUUUUGGCAUAUUGUUCAUGAUAAACUUAAUAAAUUUUUAAUACUUAUGGUUUCACACUUUAAUAUAUUUAAAAUAAAAAUUGAAAGUUCAGCAGUUUUUAGUCUAAAUAGGUGUAUUUUAUUUUUAUGACAAAAUACUUACACUACGUAAUUAAUUUUUAAAGGAUUUCGUAUAAAAUUGUAUAGCGAAAAUUACGCAGCCUGCACUCCGUCGGCCGCAGCUCUUCGUGGAUUUUGUAAUAUUUUACGCGAAACGAGAACGAAAGAGCUUUUAUGAAUUUAUGUCUGGAGAUAAACACACUUUUUGAUCAAAAAAGGAUGAAAACUUUUCGUUUUUUUUCGAAAAGUAAAGUUACGUGGCCAACCUUUAGUUUUUGUAUAAUGUUGGGAUUGAUUUCAGCUAUGACUCGGUAAAGAAGACAGGAUGGCAGCGUUUUUGUAAAGAUAACCGAGACUUGAGUUGUUUUUUUGGUAACAAAGCACUCGUGGAAGGGAAAGUGAGUUAUGCGCUGUCACUUAAAAGGGACUUGCUACUGCGUUUUGUUUAAUUUUGUGGAAAUUAUUGUACUUGAUAUUAUGGUUGUGAGCUUUUUGUUAUUAAUGAACGAAUUUCAGGUAUCGGCGGAUCUUUUCGGUUGGAACUCAUGCUGUAACGACUUAUAACCCGGAAAAAUUGGAAAUUACCAAUCAGGUAAGUCUUUUCUUUCGUUUGUUUGAAUUUAGGCAUACUCUGUAAUAUCAUUGGCUUCUUGAACCAAGUUUGUUAAAAUCAAGGUUUUGAACUCGAGAAUAAGUUUGCUUUGAUUUCAGUGGAAGUACGAUGAGUUUGUGUCGAUUCGGCCGGCUCAGCGUAGUCCGAGCAGUGAUGCGCGAGGCGAUGAAUUCAUUAUCUUGGUCAGGAAGAAGGGUAAAACUGAUAACAUGAGGUUUUCGUCCGAAUUCACGGAAGAAAUCCUUGCCCAAAGUCUUCAAUUUCAAGACAAGUUUUGCGAAAAGCCGGUUGGAAGAAGGGUAAGUGAUUCAUAACGCAUGGAAUUAAUUAAUCAUGUUUUUAUAAGACGUUUAUGUUAUCUUAGACAGAAGUAAUGUUAGCAUUUGAUUUUGAUGGAAAACUGGGACAAUUUGGGCAUUAAAUUAAAUUUCUUGAUUAAAAUAAGUAACAACAAGGUUUUUAGCAUAAAAUUUAACCAAAGUGUCAUUGAAAAGUGGCAGUAAACUAAAGUUAUAUUGUUCUAUAGAUUAAGAUACCAGAAAUGUAAAAUUCAGGUAUAAAUAAGGUAUUUGAAGCUCAAAAGGAGACUUUUAGAAAUUUAAGUUGUACUUUCUAACGACAUCAUUAUUACCUUACCUCUUCUAGAGAUUCAAUGGCCACAAAUAUGGUUGGUCCGGUGACAAACAACCAGUUGUCAUUGAUCUAGGACCAAAUGGUAUUAAUCAAAUCAACGACCGCGGAGUAUUAGUCAAAUUUUAUCCAUAUAAUCAUAUCAGACAUAUCUAUCGAGUAGCCGACUAUCCUGGAGGGUUUGUGAUUGAGAUUGGCGACCAACUUAGAAGGCAUUUAUUCGCUUCACAAGAUUCAGAAGAGGUGAUAAAGGAGUUGAGGCAAUUGGCAUUGGAAUGCAUGGGGCUGUUGAUUAAUGUGGCCAAAGAUCACUUAUCUUUCGAUGACUUUAUGACUACUAGGCUGGGAUUGUGCAGGUAAUAGUUUGUUGAUGGUGUGGUAAAACAAAUUUUGGGAAUGGGGUUUGGUUUUUUUAAAUUUUAAUGACAGUAAUGCCUCUAAAAUAAUUUUUUUAUGUGGGACAGGGUAAGAAAAAAGAUUUUGGGGUAGCGAGGGGGAUAGAUUUUAAUUUUUCAAGGGGGUGGAUAUUUUUAAAUCAAAUUUUUGUUAUAUUUCAGUAAGGAUGAACAAAUAACCUCAUAUGUCGAGUUCCGGGUACAAAAAUUCACUCCAAGAAACUUGGACACAACGAAACGGCUACUGUGCUUAUCCGAAACGUGCCUAAUUGAACGUGACAUUCAAACAUACGGUGCUGUUUGUGCAAGGUUCUUAAAAACGGUAGGUUUGUGCUAUUUUUGAUUGAAUUUUGAUUGAAUAAAGCAUUUUAAGGAUUUUAAGGAGCUUUUAGGCGUUUUUAAAACUGUUUUUGGCUUUUUAAAGGGCUUUAAAUGCUACUUUAAGUUAUUUUAGGUAACAAAUGGAAUGAAAUUUACAUUUUAAAAGUCUGAAAUUAUAAGAAAACGUUUAAUUUUGAUUUAUUUAUAGAUAAUAUGUUUGGUACGAGACCCAAGUGAUCCUCAACGGUUUCAAAUUGAGUAUGAAAAUGGUGAUCAACGGACAUAUUCUUCUAACGAGCGGUAUGUUAAUAGUACCUACUCUUUACUUUAUUCUAGCUUUUUCCUUGCUACAAGUGAUUUUUUAAAAUUUUUAAGUUGAAAUUUUGCAUUAGGAAUGAGGAUUUAAAAAGAAUCUCUGUUUUAAACAUGAAAUACAAAAAAAAAGAUUUUUAAGGUGACUUAUCAAUUAAAAAUUUCUGUUUCAGCGACCAAAUCUUAGCCUCAUUGAUAGAUGGCUCCAGAGCUUCGGGAAACUAUCAGAUAUUCAUAUCAUCGAGAAGAUACGAAAGAAACCUACGGUUACUACCCUUCAAACAGUUAUUAGACGAAGAAGGAGAAGCUCAGUUAUUGAAACAAAUUGUUGAUGUGCCACGUAGGUUUUUCGAAACUAACACUGACCAAAUUCUGUUAAAAAAAUUUAAAAAUUCAAUUUUAGCCGGCCUGCGACGCUCGGAUAUGGUCCGCCGAUUCAAUGCCAAUGUCCCAUACAACGGUCUGACAUAUUCACAACCAAAAGAAAGCUUUUUCUCUGAUAACACCAAAAGCAGGAACAUUGUGAAUUGUCUGGAAGCGGUACUGGCCGAGUCUUAUCAACCAGACGAGCCUGGUGCAUUGAUGAAGUGCGAAGCUCAAAUGGCUUGUCUUCAUCGACUCUUUGCUUCCAAAGUCGGAUUCCAGGCUUUUACUGCUAUUACUGGGUAGGGAAUUGAAGUUGUCAUGCUCCGGGACGUCGUUUGGGGGAGGGGGGGGGGGGGGUCCCCCCUCCCCCAGAGCCUAGAGAAAAAACAAAAAAAAAUUUUUUUUGAAAAAUCGGUCGACAGGGAGCUACCUGUGGACGAAAAAAAAAUUUUCGGCCUCUCCCUCCCCUAGAGAAAAUCUGUAGCGACGUCCCUGGUCAUGCUUAAUAUGGUAUAUUUGAUAUAGAGAAAGGUUUAGUUUGUUAAACCUGAUAUAUUGAUAUCAUUUGAUAAAAAGUCAAAAGUUUUAAACUUUAGGUAAUAAAAAAUUUGAAUUUAAAACCGAUUUUCUCUUCAGGGUUCGUGAAAAACUUGGCAACUUGGUAGUGAACGUCUUGGCCAGAAAAAGCGAAGCUAUCGACUAUGCUACUGUGGAAAUGCUGUGCGCUUUAAUGCAGCCAAUGCACCCUAAUUUUGAGUUGAAAUUGGAACAACUCAACAAGCAAUCACUCUUAUCGACCAAAGUUUUUGUAGAACAUUUACUGGAUUUGGUCGUUAAUCAUGUGGUAAGUAUUUUUUUGAGAAAAAGUUGGAAGAAUGGACCUUACUUUACAAAAGCAUGCAGUUUUGUUACCUAAGAAUCAAGUUUCGUUGAAAAAAAAAUUAGAUUCUCUAAAGGAUAAAAAUUUAAAUGUAAGUAGUUUAAAUAAUUAUGUGCUCUCUAAUCUUAAAAAUUUGAUUUGAAGGGGCACAGAAUUAUUUGAAAAACCUAAUAUUACACUCAAAAACUUAUUCUUUACAGAAUCGAGGAACUGGAGCACUGGUCAUCGCAGCUAUGUUAGACUUUCUCACGUACACCGUAUGUUCACCAUACUCAGAAACCACUACCGGCGAAGUUUUCGACAUGAUCAUCGAACUCGUAGCCGCAAGAGGAAGAUCUUUCUACAGACUAUUCCACAAUCCAUGCCUGACAAUUGUAAAAGGCGCUGGACUAGUCAUGAGAGCCAUAAUCGAGGAAAGUAGUCGAGAAAUAUCAAGAAAUAUGCAGACAUUGUCAUUGACCGAAGGUGCUUUCUUGAAACAUUUGGAGCUGGCUUUAUUAUCGACUGGUAAAGAUUUGAGGGUUUUGACCAAUAAACAGCUUUCUGGACAUUUGAUUUCUUUGUGGAUUGCUGAGAACUCGUCGGCUAUGGAUCUGUUGAAGCGAUGCUUGGUGAGUUGGAUGGUAUUAAGCCUGAAUUAUCGCUAAUUUAACGCCUGGCUUGAAUUUUAAAUGUUUAAAACGAUUUUAAAGGUUAUGUUAUUUUAUAUAUUUCAGCCCCGUGGCCUCCUCGACUUUUUUGAAAGCCCAGACAAGCCCCCAGUAUCAGACAAAGACCUCCUUUUGGUUCGCAACAACCUCGAAGUGGCACAACAAGAAACUCAGCAAUCAGCCCUCCAGGCCCAACUCAAAAGCAUGCAGUAUACAGUAGAAGCCAGAAUCGAAACCCUUUUCCGACACUGGAACAUUGAACAAAAAGUGGGCUUCACAAGAAAAGAACCCGACCGGUCGGCACGUCCCGUCGUUCUGCGCCAAAGAAAACGGCACAUCAGAGCCACGGCUAAUUGGAAACUGUUCGCAUAUCAAUUCAACAAAGAUCACAGCCAAGCUGACCUGAUCUGGAACGAAAAGACGAGAGAAGAGUUCAGGCGUGCCAUCACGGACGAAAUGCGACAGCUGCAGCUGGAGCUCGAGCUGGUCGAGAAGGAGAACACCCUGGUCUCUUGGAAUCACACCGAGUUCUUUGUUGAAUACCCAUCGUUGGUCGAUGAGAUCAGGAUUGGUGAUUACUAUCUGAGAGUACUACUGAAUGAAGAAACCGACACGGCUACACCGAUUCACGAUCCUCAAGACUUCUUCAAUCAGGUCUAUCAUAGGUUUUUGUUGGCCAGCAAAACGGAUCUGAAGUGUUUGUGCUUAAGGGCAAUGGGCAUUGCUUACGAAAGGCAUGUGAUGACAAUUGGACCGUUUAACGACUCGAAACAUAUUGUACAGAUGUUGGCACGGUGCAUGAAUGUGAUUGAGAGGGAUCAUUUUGUAGGUUUUGGGGGGUUUCAAAGAAGUUUUUUUGGAGGAAAAUGGAGUUUCAAGAGGGUUUAGGGGGUAAAAAUUUAAUUUUAGGUAGUUUUUUAAAAACAGAUGGCAUUUCAAACUAAUCUUUUACUAAAAUUUUGAUAAAAAACCAAUUUUAAUAGCUUUUUAAUCGUUUUAAACAUCAAUUUUCAGUUGUUCCUAAUAAGCAAACUAGUCCUGGACAAAAAGAACGUUCGAGACUUGAUCAGCGAAGGCUUGAUCCCAAUGCUUGUUGAUAUGGCCAUGCUAGCUCAUCUACACAUCAAUCGUGCCAAAAUUCACAGUCAAACGAACGUGAUCGAAGGAGGAGAGAAUACGACAGAAAGCGAAUCUGAAGAAUGGAACUACGUGGAUAAAGAAGGAAAGAAACAUGGACCGGUCAGCUUUAAAAAGGUCGGUUUUGGUUGUUUUUACUUGUUUUAAGGUUUGAAAUUGGGUUAGUAUUUGACAAAGCUAUAUCAAUAUCACUUCAGAUGAAAGAACUGUACAAAACUGGAGUAAUUUUCGAAAAAACCCAAAUUUGGGCCGAAGGCGUGGACGGCUGGAUGAAUCUCUCAUCAGUAGCACAAUUCAGAUGGACGAUAUGUGCCAAAGACGCCACCCAAUCUGUAGGCCAAAACUCGACUUGUGCUCCACUAUACAACCUUACAGACCUGGCCGUUCUGUGCUUGGACGUUCUCAACCAAAUGUGCGUCUUCUUCCCAUCACGUGACGCUUCUGGAGCCAUCAUCCGACCCAUGCCCAAGGUGAAGAAGAUCAUUUCGGAGCCAGUAACUCUAUAUCAACUUGUCCAGCUUCUCUUGACAUAUGAUCCAGCUAUAGUACAGCGAGUAUCGACUUUGGUGCUGGAUGUUAUGAUGGACAAUCCCAACAUAUCACGUCUCUACCUCAGCGGACUUUACUUCUUUAUAUUAAUGUACAAUGGAUCAAACGUCCUUCCCGUGGCCAAACUCUUGCAUUACACUCAUCUGAAGCAAGCAUUCCGCUCAACCUUGGCCAAGUCCGAAAUCAUCUCCCAUAGCGUCUUGUCCCCAAUACUUCCAGAAGCUACCAUCUACUACCUGGAAGCAUACGGACCAGAACGAUAUGCAGAAGUGUUCCUGGGCGAGUUCGAGAACCCAGAAAUCAUCUGGAACACGGACAUGCGACGUCAUUUGAUCGAGAAGAUUGCCAUCCACAUCGCCGACUUCUCGUGCAGGUUAACAUCCAACGUCAAGGCUCUAUACAAGUACUGCCCCAUACCUCCAAUCGAGUACCCACAGCUGGACGAAGAGCUCUUCUGUCACUACUACUAUUUGAGGCACUUAUGUGAUGAACAACGGUUCCCCAACUGGGAGAUCCGCGAGCCCAUAGCCUUCCUACGAUGUGUUCUAGCCGCGUGGCAAGAGGAAAUCGAGAGGAAGCCAUCAUCAAUGUCAAUCGAAGACGCGUGCAAGACUCUGGGACUGGAUGUGAAUGGAAAUGGGUAAGAAUCAAUGAUAAGAACUUAGAAAUUUCAAAACUUGUUAUUGAUGUUGUGGAAAAUAUGAAGAAAAAUAAGAGAAAGUUCGGGCGCAGAUUAGGAAUUUGAUUCUGCAGCCUGCAGGUAUUAAAGAUGGGAUUUUGAAGGAUGUUUUACAGCUGUAGGGCAAUUAUAUUACCUAAUAUGUGUAAAAUAUUUACAAAAUUUAUAUUUUUUAGAACAGUGAAAAAAGGCUGGGCGCAGCUAGAAAAACAUUAAAAAAUGUUUUUGAAGGAUGUUAUAUGUGUAUAGCUGUUAGUUAUUAUAAAAUGUGUAAAAUACGAAUAACGGAAUAAUUAUUUCCGCAAAAAAAGUUCGCGCGCAGCUCAGAAAAUUGAUUUGGCAGGCUGCAGAUCAUAAAAAGCGAUGAAAAGCCUUCAGAAAGGUAUGAAAACAAAAGCAAAGUUAAUAAAUGAAAAAAAUAUGAAUUUGAAAUAAAAACAAUAUAUAAAUAUAUUUUUCAGAUGGCAAGACACAUCGACCGUUCGUCGCGCCUACUACAAACUGGCCCCAAAGUACCAUCCUGACAAGAACCCGGAAGGUCGAGAAGUGUUCGUUCAAAUCAACUUUGCCUAUGAAUUCUUGACCUCAGCAUUGAUUCGAAACAAAAACCAGUCGGAUCCGGAUGUUAACAGGAUUGCCAUUUGUCUAAAAACACAAAGCAUAAUUUACUCGAGGAAUCUAGAGGCUUUGUCACCGUACAAAUACGCUGGCUACACUCAUUUGAUCAGAACCAUCGAUCUGGAGGUAAGAGUUUGGUAAAGUUUGCAGCUGAAUGGGGAAUUUGAUUAGGAGGUUAUGGAGAUAUGCCUAGAUCAUUCUUAACAUCAGAUUUGUGUUACAAUUUUUGCAAGACAAAUCUUUUGUUGAGGUACCUAAAUCGAGCUUCUGUGGCUUUGGCCUUGCCUUCGGGCUCACAUAAUACCAAACCUUUUCGAACUUUCUUUGUCCUCUCACGGUCCGGAGCCAGUCCCAGUAAGCCCGUUUUCAACUUUUGUUAGACCUGUUUUUCUAAAAAAAAUUUGAAAUUGAAAAAUUUCGAAUUUUGAAAAUAAGAAUAUUUUUUAAAACUGUUUAAAAUUUUUGGUAUUUAGGCAUCAGUUUAACUAAUUUUUUAAAUAUUUUAGGCAUCCGAUUCCGCCCUCUUCUCCUCAGACAAGCUACAUUCCGGAAAACUCCUCAGCGCGGCCGUCGAACUCUGCUAUUGGACUCUGAAGAGCUCGGCCUUAAAUGCAGAACAACUUCGUCGCGAAACAGGUCUUGAAGCCCUGUACAAGACCUUCGAACGAUGCGUACCAAUGGUCUCAAGUGGGUCGAAGGAAAGCGACAUGCCAGUCCAAGUCUGUCGUCAUGUAGCCAAAUGUUUUGGCGUAGCGGCCGAAUUCGAACAGUGUAGGGAUAAGAUCAGCGAAAUGAAGCAGAUUUAUGGAUUGCUUUGUCAUUUACUCAAGUUUGAGGUAAUUAAGGGUUAGAUGAAGAUUUUGGGGGAAAAUUUAAAAUUUUUUUUUCAUAUGUAUUUAAGUCAUACUUAACACAAGUUUCAAGUUAUAAGUACUAAAAAAUCAAUUUUCAGCACCUACCCAAUCUUGCAGUAGCGGCGGCCGAAUGCAUCUGUUCCUUCUCGGUCUCCACCCUCCUCCAAACAUUCCUCUACCAAGCCGGCAUCAUCUGGCACCUCCUCCCCCAUCUUUUCCGUUUCGACUACACCUUGGACGAAGGUGGUGUACAACAUAACGAGCAAACCAACAAGCAAUCUGUCCACAACCGUCUGGCACGAUCCUCUGCCGAAGCCCUCGCUUGUCUAGCGGGCUACAGAGACGAAACGCCCGAGAAUGAUGGUGUCCAGAACAGUCUAAAUGCUUUAAUUACGAAGUAUGUGUGCAAGUUAAUGAAGGAUGGAGACAUGGAUGAGGUACUCAAGGUCCUGAACUCGAAUACCGAAGAUCCAUACAUCAUUUGGGAUAAUGGCACAAGGGCCGAGCUGCUAGAUUUUGUGGAAAAACAAAGAAAUUCGCCGGAAAAUGACUUUGGAGCCGAGUUUACGUUGAGUGUGUACGCUAAAGAACUGAUCGUCGGAGAUAUAUUUGUCAGGAUCUACAAUGAACAGCCCGAAUUCAAACUCUAUGUAAGUUGGUGAGGAGGUUUGAGGUGGUUUUGGUAACGUUUUUGAAGUGAUUUUGGUCAUUUUUGUUGUAUAAAGAUCUUUUUCACAAUUUUUUGUAGAUUUUCUUGGCUUAUCAUUUGAAUUUUUGACCAAUACCCAAUUUUAGGACGCAAAGUCCGUAUGCGUAGACCUAGUGGAAUAUAUGAAAAAACAAAUCGACACUUUAAUGGGCGUAAAGAAGCCAGUAAUUAAUGGAAAUCAACAAAAGAAACCUCCAAAUCCAGACAAUUUGAUCGAUUUUGACGCCGAACCAGAGCCAAAACCCAAUCCAAAAGAGUCGGCUAGCCAAAUCCCCUUGAGCAGCAAAGUGGAAAUGGUGUGGAAAGCCUUGGACAAUGUCCUAUUGAACUAUCCGGGCAUUGAAAUACUCCUCAUAGGUCACUUCCCUCUGAUUUUCGAUUAUCUUCGCCUGAAUCACCUUCAGAACGUGCAAAUCCUGGCGCUGAGUGUAAUAUCAAAGGCCGCGAACAACAAGGAAUGUGUGAAUGACAUCUCAUGUAGCGUGCAAUUACCGCUGUUGCUACUUUUGUUGGUCAAGAAUCCAACAGCGGCUGAUAGAAUCCUAAGAACUUUGGUUGCAUUGUCUUCAAAUGGAACGAUGGUCAAGAACUUGUUGGAGUUUGGAGGAUUACUGUACUUAUUGCACAUUCUGAUGGGAGCAAAGGGUGAUGGACAAGAUGAGAACAGGUUGCUUGUUGCGGAGUUGCUGGCAAAGUUGCAAUCGGACAAGCUAAGCGGACCAAGGUGGAGCAGAUUCAUAGUCAAAUACCUACCUCCGAUCUUCGCUGAUUCAUUAAGAGAUAGUCCUGCUCAAGCGUGAGUUUUAAUCGAAUUUAAAUUAUAUUAAUGUAGGUGAGUUUUUCAUAACAAUAUUUACUAUAUAAAUCCAUUUUUUAGCAUCAGAAUGCUGGAUUCAAACACAGAAAACCCGGAGCUCAUCUGGAACGACACGAUCCGAGCCACCGUCCGCCAACAAGUCGGCCAAUCCCUCCAAGAGCUCUUGACCACACAGUCAAGAGACCUCUCAGCCAAGUGGUCACAAACCCUCCAAGCCACAAACGACCAGUCCACCGCAUACUCAUCAACAAUAGCCGGUGAACUGAUCGUCGGAGGCGUCUUUAUCAGAUUGUUCAAUCAGAAUCCAUCCUGGAAUGUCAGACAUCCAAAACAGUUUGCUACCGAACUCAUGGAGUUUGUUCUGGAGCUAAUGCAGAAGCCCAACGAGAAUCUACAACCGGUAACGUCGGCUUUGGUUAGCCUAAUCACGAAUCAUCCGACUACUGUGGAUCAGGUGAGUCGUGCUGAAGAUUGGGUGGUUAUUAAGAGGAAUGAGAACGUUUUGGCGGGGUUUAUUGUGGAAAAGUAAGGCAGUGGAGUAGUAAAUGGAGUAAGUAUAUAGAGGAUGAAUUAGGUUUGACAGGUUUUUUAAAAAAUUAAAAAAUAUUGAGAAAAUUUAGCAAAAAUGGCAUAAAAAUGAGAUAAAAUGAGAAAAAACCUAAAAUUUUUGGAAAAAUUUAUAUAUUUUUUUAAAAAAUACAAUGUUUUAGAUACCAGCACAAGGCUACCUACCUCAAUUCUGCCGCGUAAUGCACAAUCCAAACGCAGAAUCGGCCAAAUCAGCCCUCCUCAUCCUCCAACAGAUGGCCGAAAACCAAUACUGCGCUGACUCCCUAGCCUCCCAACCCAUAAUCAAAGGAAUCGAGACCUGCAUGCACAAACAACCAGACCUAAUGUCAGAAGCGGCCCAUUCCCUCAAGUGUCUAACCAAGAAUCCGAAGCCAGAACUGGCUGAACAGUUCCUCAAGACCGAUAUCAUCAAAAGCUUGCUGAAAGUAUUGUCGGGAGAGCUGACCGGUACCGGAAACAUUUCAGCGGCCAAAGCUGAGAUUGUAGACGCUUUGAAGAGUAUCUGCCGGGACCUACAGUACGGUGACAGAAUUCAGGAGAUUUUACAGAAAUCGACCGUAUGGACACAGUACAAAGAUCAACGACAUGAUCUGUUCUUACCGGCUUCAAGGACUCAAGCUAUUGCUGGUAAGCGGGAUUUUUAUAAUUAAUAGACGUAUUAAGUUAUUCAAAAAAUUUUGUGCCCCCUCUCAAAUCUUAUUUCUGGUUUAGAGGCACAGAAUUAUGUGAACAAAGUUAUGUAUAGAAGAGACUAAAAAACAUUAUUUUAGGCCCAGGAGGAGGUUCCGUCGCCGGCUACCUAACCGACCGCAUGUUCGAAGCCCCACCCGUCCCACCUCCAAAACAUCCGUAA